CAUGGCUGAGGAUCAAUUCAAGUCAAAGAAAUAAAAGAGAUUCCAGGUAAAUAAUCUUAGAUCUCUUUUGUUUGGUAAAUGUGUUUUCAAGAAAUUUCUGGUAUAGUAAGUUGAUUAGCACUCCACUAUUCUUACCUCACCAAACCUCCUUCCUCCUUAUCUCAUGACAUCAAUGACAUUGUACUGGAAGCUUACAUUUUUCGUCAUUUUGAUAUCGAUUAAUUAACUAAUGUCAUUUGAGCUCAACUAUCACAUUUACUAUGAAACUGCAUAUCACUUAAUUUGGUGUAUUUAAAGUGGGUAGGUCUCCGGAUAGUCCCUGCUCUGCAUAUAUGUUCUGCUGUGGACAAUCUAUGCAGCUGCAAUUAUGUUAGAUAAAAUAUUGGGAUAGAAUUGUGAGAAGUCAAUUGGGAGAUUGCUUUCUGACCAUGUCAAGGUGAUGUGGACUAACCUUACCAUAUUUAGUCACAAACUGAUCACCAAUAUUGCAGACUGCAUUGAACACAUAAAGCUAGAUUAGUAAAAUGUGCAAUAAAACGUAAUAUAUUGCAAGGAAAGAAGAAAAAUAAUAAACAUUUAAAAAGUAGAGUGGCUUAGAAAUUUAAUUUCUUUUUAGUUCUUUACUCUCUCUGUGACUCUCUCUACACUUGAGAUUGAGAAGAGCAAGAAAGAAAGAAGCAACAAAGUUUUUUAUGGCAACAGAAAGAAACCCCUCGUUUUUCAAGGUUCUUCAGGGUGAUCAGUUCUCUAUCAAAUUGAAAAUCCCUAGAGCAUUUCUCCAGUAUUUUAAUGGAAAGGUACCUCCCAAGUGCUUUCUUCAAACCCUAGGUCAAACUUGGCUUGUUGAUGUGGAAAAGGUUAAUCACAAGUUCUAUUUCCAACUGGGGUGGAAUCGCUUUGUGCAAGACAAUGGCUUGAAGUAUGGUCAACUUCUAGUCUUCCGUUAUGCUGGAAACUCAGACUUCCAUGUGGACAUAUUUGGAAUAAAUACCUGCAAAAAUAUGUGUGUAAUUCCUGAGAUGGAAGAAGCUAAUGAAUAUGAUGAUGAUGUAUCUCUUGAGAUCUUGGACGACUUUCCACCCUGUCAAAGAAGAACAGAGGAGAAAUCUUUGCUUUCAUGUCCUCUGCCUCGCAAGAAAAACAAAACAAGUUCUAGUGGUAGAGCAGAUAUCACCCCUAACUUUCGAAAGAGGGUUCCACAUCUUGAGAAGUCACAAAUGAAAAGGAAAAAGGCACAUUGGUUCAAAUCAGAAAUAAUAGAUAAUUCUGAUACUGAUUCUGGUGAUGAAGAUGAUCAUGAUGAGGAGGAUGACGACGAAAAUGAAGAUGAUGAAGAAGAAGAAACUCAAGAUGAAGAGGUUGAGGAGGAAGAUGAUGGUGAUUCUGUUGGAACCCUCAACGAUUCUCUACCAUGCUCAAGAACAGUGGGGAAAUAUACAUUAGCAUCGAGGUUGCACCAGAGAGAGAGAAAGAGUUCUAGUGCAAAAGUAAAAACCAACAUCAAAACUGUUGAUGGCUUGUCUAGAGAGGAAAAGAUCCUAAAAGUUAUAGCUCUACAAAGAGCUAAUGCUUUCAAAUCUAAUUCUGUCAACCCUUGUUUCAUGGUUUCCUUGUCUGCCACAUAUGCUCGUGGAGCUUUUCUGAAUUUGCCACUGAGUUUUGCCGCAAUACAUUUUACUAAUCCGCAGCCUGGCCACGUAAUCCUUUGGGUUGAGAAGAGCUCUUGGUUUGUCAAGGUCAGUUAUAUUGGGACUGCAACGAGAUUACAGGCCGGCUGGUCUGAAUUUGUGCAUGCCAAUAAUUUGAAGAUUGGUGAUGCUUGUGUUUUUGUCUUGACGGAUGCCAUCAAUUUUCAAUAUGAUGUUGAAAUAUUCCGCGUUACAGAUGCUGUUUGCACCUAGUUAACAGGGGGAAGGAUAGCAGCUGAGGAAUGAUUCAACUCGAAAAAAUUAAAACAACUGGAACAGAGAGAUGAAGUGAUACACUUUAAUCUAGUAGUGCACCUUAAUUUGGGAAACUGAAAUGUUUAGAUCCCACGCUGCUUCUCUCCCUUAUUGCUUAUAUAUGUCCUAUUUUUCAACUGUCAUAUGCAGAAUGUAACAUCUAGUUUCUCCAAGACUUGGUUUCAGACUGUUUAGGUUAAUAUGUUAUAUUGGUAGAUUGGCUUGUGAACUAGUCUGGCCAUCAAUCAUGAAUGGUGUAGUUGUUAAGCAAUUACAUGUGUUCAAGA